AUGAUCGAGAUACAGGAUGGUAUCCUUAACAAAGGUACCAAGAGUAAUCAGCUGAAGGAAGACGAGGAUCAAAUCAAACAAUUGGUUGAAAAAUUACAACAGACACAAAUAAAACUGUACGAAUCCAAAAAUACUUGUGCCAGUCUUAAACAGGAGAUUAAUAAGUUGCAUAAGUUACUGUACAGUGAAAUUGGUGAAAACGUGAAUUUGAGUAAUUUAUUGAAUCAAUCCGGAUGGCGAGGGAGAGCUGAACAGAUUUAUCUACUACAACAAAAAAUAACGGAACUACAAUCAAGAUUGUCGGAAUACGAAGGAACGCAAACAACGUCUAUCGCAUCUGCAGAACGAAAAAAUUUAGAAAAUCUUCGAAAUGUUGAAAAAGAGAGACGGAGACAAAUUGAAGAUUCGGCAAAGCAGCUUCGACAAACGGAAGUCGUCAUUGAGGGAUACAAGAGGAAGCUAGAAGCUUCGAAGGCAAGGAUAAAAGUGUUGGAGCAUGAAUUGAACGUCGCGAAAGGAAAUAUCGCAUCGUUAAAUGAAAAAAGAUCUCACGAUGAUCAUUUAAUCGAAACACUUAAUAAUCGGCUUAAAAUUACUGAGAUAAAACACGAAGAACGCGAGACAGAUAUGAAAAAUAGAGCAGAGAAGACUGAACGUGAGUGCACGAAUUUAAAGAACGAUUUACAAGCGGCGCAGCUUCAAAUUCAUCGACUGCGCAGAAGAUUAGAAGAACGUGAAAUUGAAAUAGAUAAAUUGAGAAAUGGAACAAUUCCAAACAUAUGGGAGAUUAAAUCCCGAAAAAUUGCACAGCCUGAAGAAUUUUUAAAUAAUUUAAGCCAUGAUAGCCUUCCUCAUAGUGUUCGAAGUACAUGCGAACCUAACGAAUAUGUAAUUUUGGCUCUUGCUGCUGAAGCUGAAAGGGAGAGACUUUUGAAGUUAAUAACAAUACUCAACAGGCGCCUAGAUAAAGAAAGAAAUGAUACUGAUAUUCUUUCUAAUACCUUACGUAAUGAAAGAAACAAAUCGGCGAAGUUAGAAUUAAAGAUACGAAAAUUAGAGACGGAAAGAAUAGGGAUUGUCAAAAUUGACACUGGAUAUAGAACGAAAUUACCAAAAUUAUCGAAAGCUAAUGAUAAACAAAUGGAUAUUGAACAAAUGCGACUUAAAAUGGAAUUAUUGGAAGAAGAAUGCCUCGUGUUAAAAACUAGAUUAGAUACCGUGCAACAAGAAAAAGCCACGGAUCUUGCAACUUACAAACAGAUGCUGGAGGAAGUUAGACAAAUUUUUCAUGAAGCCUGCAGGAGCAAACCUCUACCUCCUAUUGGCAGUCGUUCUAUUAUUACAGUUUAAUUGGAAUCUAAAACUUUUUCAACUUACGUACUAAUUUCAAUAUAAAAUAUAUAUAUUCAAUAACUUUUUAAUGAGCUGAACUCGGAAAAUUUAUUAUGAUUGUACAUCGUAAAAUAAAAC